AUGGCCUCGAACGCCAUCGUGCCCUUCUCGUACGCCAGUCCAUUCCAUGCCACGCACCUCGACCCGACGCGGACCUUUCACUUUGGCGACCACGCCAUCGUGAUUGAGCAGCAAUGGAAGCCCGACGGCCGCGGCGGGACCAAUCUCGGCUUUGGCGCCCACGUGUACGAAGCCGCCAUCUUGCUGUCGUUCACACUGCCCGAGCUCGUGCAGAAGAAGCGCGUCGUCGAGCUUGGAUGCGGCACAGGUCUCGUAUCGCUCGCGGCCGCCGCUUUUGGUGCUUCGAGUGUGGUGGCAACAGACGGCGACCCGCAGUCGGUGGCGCUGACGCACGCCAACAUUACCAAAAACAGCGCGGGCAACAUCCACGCCAAAGUUCAUUUGUGGGGCCAGGAACUCGAUGAUAUCGAGACCUGUGACGUGCUCCUUGGGGCCGAUAUCAUUGCGUGCCCGUAUGAGCAAGCGUUCGACGACCUCUUGGCGUCGCUGCGGCACUUUGUGGCGACGCCGGCUGCGAUCGCGCUCAUCACGUACAAGCCCCGUCAUGGAUCCGAAGUCAAGUUCUUCCACAAGCUCAAGCGACAUUUCGUCUAUGAGACUAUCGCAACGGACACGAUGUUUCCCGAUUUUGCGCCGCUGGGCAUCCAGCUCCUGCGCAUUCAGCGCAAACCCACCGCAUAA